AUGCGUGUCAGUCUCGUUAUUUUGGCAACCCUUGCUGGGCACUCUGUUGCUGUCCCGUGUAAGCCCAAAUGGGUGGUAUCGAAAUCAAAGUCGUGGAUGUCAGCCUCCACCAGACUGGACAAGGUGCUCGCUGAGUUGCCUACGAUCUAUGCUGAUGGAGGGACUGUUCCUCCCAAUGCCACCGCCAUUGCUACCGGGACAGUCGCUGGCGAUGAAGGUGACCUUUCUGCUACCACAGCAGGUGUUGCUAGAAACCGCCGUGUCUCAUCAACCCCCAACGCUGCCGCUGCCACUGCCAGCUCUGGCACCCCUUCUGCUGGAGCAGACAGAAGCGCUGAUGGCUCUGACCCUACAUCAACUGCAACGACAACUACGACGACGAUCACCGUGACUCCUUCUGCUUCUGCUGCUGCGGAGGCAGACGAAGCUUCUACCAAGGCCGACAAAGUCUCAACCGAGGAAGAAACCCUCAAGGAUCACAAGAUGCACCGUCGCGGUUGCCCUCAUAGGAAGGUUUGCCCUCAUAGGCAAGCGCUCCCUCCGGUCACAUAUAGAACCGUGACCGAAGAUAUCCCUCCAGCAUCUACUCCAGUUGUCGUCGUAUACAAGCAUGUUCCGUGCACUAAGAACAACAAGAUGCACCGUCGGAGCUUUGAGGGAAGCAAGGAAGAACAGAAAGACUUGGACAUGCUCUCAAUGCUAGCCGAAAGCAAGAUGGGCGAGGCAAUCAAUAUGCAAGAACUCUACGACAAAGGCAUGGAGGCAUUCAAGGCAAAGGAAACGGCUCUUGGUGAUGAGAAAAAAGCUCUUGGUGAUGAGAAAAAGGCUCUGAAAAAGCAAAGUUCCGAGGCCAAGUCCUUGAUGAAGGAGGCACGCGACUGGGACAAGAAGUUGCAUAAGGCAGUACGGGAGUAUAACCUAAAACAGCAAAAGUGGGAGGAAGACAUGGAGAAGAAGGAGAAGAAGGAGAAGGAGGCAAAGAAGAAGGAGGAGGAGAAGAAGAAGAAGAAGAAGGAGGAGAAGGGGGAGAAGGAGAAGCGCGAUGGGUCCUCAUUUGUCCUCUCCAAGGAGCAGUACGAAGACAAGAUCUAUGAGAAGAUUGGGGAAAGUCUCAAGAAGAGCCUUGCUAAGAACGCUAAGGAACAUGACAGACACGUCUAUGUCAUCACCAAGAAGUACAAGGUCCUCAAGUGCGACAGUGCCCACGGCUGCAAGGGCGAGGAGAGCAGUGAGGCUCAGCAGGGGGUAUUGGACUUGAAGGCAAAGAAAGAGGACGAGGAAAUCAAGGGAGAAGAGAAGAAGGAGACCAAGCAGGAGGGGGACGCUGAAGAGGAAAAGACAGAGAAGGUGGAGGAAGUCGAGCUGCUUGCCGAUGGAGACGAACAUGAGCAGUAUGUUCGCCUUUCGACCCUCUACAUGCAAUACCGCAAGUUGCUUGUCGAGGGCAUCCAGAAGAAGCUUGACCCUGUCCUCAAGAACGACAAGUACGCCGGAGAUGAGAUCGAGGGGGAGCACGAGAAUGGUGACGAGAAGGAGCAGCUCAGGCGACUGACCAAUCUAUACCUGGACUUUCGCUACAUGCUUGUUCCCAAGUUCAAAAAGCAGCUCGAUCCCAUCCUUCACGAGGGUAACCUGUAG